UCUCGCCGGUUCCCUCCCCUUCGGCUGCACUACGGAUGGUAGACCAGGGCGCCGCCUCGAAUCGCUGCCGCAUCAUCCCCGCCCCGGCCUACUGCGGCCUCGUCGUCCGCCCUGAUGGACUCCACUGGGGCUUACAUCUUCUACGCUGGAGGAUGGGAUGGCUGGGUUCCGCAUCCCUCUGAGAGUUAUGGUGACUGGGCUAAGAGGAAUAGGUUUCAGGUUGCUGACACCAUUGUGUUCAAGUACAAGAAGGGGGAGGACUCUGUUCUGGUGGUGAGCAAGCAGGAUUAUGAUGCAUACGACGUGAGCAAACCGAUCCAGAAGCUCGAUGGAGGCGAUUCCGUGUUCAAGUUCGAUCGGUCGGGGCCGUUCUACUUCAUCAGCGGCACGCCUGGGAACUGCCAACGAGGGCAGAAGCUGGUGGUGGUGGUGGUCAUGGCUGUGAGGCACCGUCCGCCGAUCUCUUCUCCUCCUUCCCUCCCUCUGUCGCCACCUCCUGUUUCUUCCCCUGCCCCGCCCCCACCCCCAUUUCCGGAACCCAUCAUCCAACCCAGCACCAUCCUUAAUGGUCCCUUAGCGUUUACAGAUGUAUGCUGCAGUCGAGGUAAAGAAACUUCAAGGACUCUUCCCAUAGACAACGACCAGCAUUCCUCGGUCGGCACAUAUCAAUGGUGUCUGAAACCUAUUCCUCUCAGCCCAGUCACCAUAACUCUCGGAUGGAUGCAGCAUCCAGCCAUCCCUUCCUCCAGCGUAGAAGAUGUAAGCCCCAGCGGAGUCCAUUAG